CCUUUCCCAAAACCGCCGCUUUUUCUGGAACAAACAGGAGAAUACGACUACGCUUCAGCCUAUCCUGUUAUGAACAGCAAACUUCCUCCUGCAGCGUACUCUACUCAUCAAUCAAAGCAUAAAAUCCAGAAAUUUCCCGAAGCAACAAAAGAAAAGCAGGUGACAGAAAAGUACGGAACUUUAGAUGGUGGUAUGGCUGUGCCUAUCAAUGGACAAAAUCAGUUAGCAAGAACGUUUCCGGUUCCCAGAAGACAAGAGUUAGGAGGUGAUGAAGAAGGGUUAGAUCUAGAAGAAAAUGUAGCAUGCAAACCAUGUUGCGUACCUGGACCUCGCGGUCAACCUGGGCGUAAUGGAAAAAAUGGAUUUCCUGGAGCGCCCGGAACGAAUGGAUUAGCAGGUUUACCGGGGAAACUAAAACCUUGUGAACAAAUGGCUGUGCAAAUUUGCCGAGAGUGUCCACAAGGACAAAAUGGUCAUAUUGGUUCUCCCGGACAACCAGGAGAUCGUGGACAGCGCGGCAAUCCAGGACGUAAAGGAAUGAAAGGACUUCCGGGAACCUCUGGAAGAAGAGGAUCUCUACCGGUUGCUGAAGAACCGAUUCCCGGAGAGCCAGGACUACCUGGAGUGAGCAAAAUUCUUCACUUUCAAUUUCUUUGGCAGAAUGAUUCUCUUAUCUCAAUUUCAAAUUGUUAA